CUGAAUUAGCUUUCGGCUAGUACACGUUCAGUGUGUACUUUUUCAAAUGUGAUUGGAUAAGUCUUGACCAAUCACAGCUCGUGGUUGGAAUCCACGUGAGUGCCGCUGCCAUUUGACGUUCUCAUGGCUAGAGUGGAGAAUAGGAUUCCUGCCGAUUUUUGUAAUUCUGUGCAAUUCUAGUUUUGAAAUAACAAGAAAAUACGCUUUACACAGCCAUGCGGCGAAGUAAGGCCGAAGUGGAACGCUAUAUUUAUUCAGUACAGAGUUCCUCUCCUUCACUCAAAGAGAAACCAAUUAAAGGAUUUUUAUUUGCUAAAUUAUACUUCGAGGCUAAGGAGUAUGAACUUGCUAAAAGACAUGUUUCAGAAUAUCUGACUGUGGCUGAGAGAGAUCCCAAAGCACACAAGUUCCUGGGCCAGCUUUAUGAGAGGGAAGGAGAUAUCAACAAGGCCGUAGGAUGUUACAAGCGGUCUGUGGACCUGAACCCAGCCCAGAGGGACCUGGUUUUGAAGGUGGCUGAGCUGCUGGUCAGUAAGACAGAGAGAGACAGCAGAGCAGAGUUCUGGGUGGAGAAAGCUGCCAAGUUGCUGCCUGCAAAUCCUGCUGUCUUCAACCUCAAGGAGCGGCUACUGAAUCGACAGGGCCAGCAGGGACGGAACCAGUUGUUUGACCUGCUGCAGGCAGAGCUGGCUAUGAGACCUGGCGAUGCCCAUAUCAACAUAAAGCUGGUUCAGCUGUUCUCCUCUGAUGGCAGGCUGGAAGAGGCUGUCAAACACUGUCUGGCUACAGAGAAGAGAGGCCAGCUUAGAUCCAGCUUGGACUGGUACUCUACUGUAGUACACACUCUACAGGAUUUCCUAGCCCAGCCCAGUGUUUCAUCCAAUGAGAAGAUGAGUAGACAUCUGCAGAGAGAGCUACUUUUGGCCCACUGCAGCCUGCUGAGACUGACCCUGUCGGGAAAAGGACUGCAGCCUAGCAUCAAGGCCCUUGGGAGUUUUGACUGUGCGAUGCAGGGCCUGAAGAAGACAGCGGGCAGUGUAACAGAUGAUCUGUCUGAGGUCUAUGUGGAGAUGAGGGGACAUCUGUACCUGCAUGCUGGCACUCUGCUACUGAAGAUGGCUCAGGAAAGAGAACAGCAGUGGAGGGCUGUCAUUGACCUGGCUGCUCUCUGCUAUCUACUGGCUUACCAGGUCCCGGGGCCGAAGAGCAAGGUGACUAAAGGGGACCAGUCUUCUCUUCAGCAUCUGGAGCUGCUGGCCAGUGACAGACAGAGCCAGGCUGGACACAUGCUGCUUAACCUCAAUCCUGACACUCAUACCUUUGUCAGAGAGGUGGUGGAGGCGUUUGGUAACCGUAGUGGUCAGGGCUCUCUGUUUGAGCUUUUGUUUGGGCUUCAGGCUCCGGCCGGUACUUCCUUCAUCGGCAACGACGACAUCCGCUCCAUCAACACACAGGCUCCAGCGAUAUCUGACCUCAUCAAACGGGACAACGGCUCCAUCCAGCUCAAAGGAGGUGACCUCCAGCAGCUGUGUUGGCUGGGUCUCCAGUGGUCUCUCAUGGCCCAGAGGCCUGCUCUGAGGGACUGGCUCAAACAGCUGUUCCCCAGGCUCAUCCUGGAGACCUCCAAACUGGACACCAACACACCUGAGUCCAUCUGCCUGCUAGACCUGGAGGUGUUCCUGUGUGGGGUGGUGUGGUGCAGUCACACCCAGCUCCAGGAGAGGGCCAGGAUCACUUCUACUGGUCAACAGCAACUCCAUGAGCCCCGCUGCCUGCCCCUGCCCCUCCUCCGCCUCCUCUCCACAGACAGACAGAGGGAAUGGUGGGACGCCGUCUACAGUCUCAUACACAAACAAGCUGCGCCUGGCAUGUCAGCCAAACUGAGGAUGACCGUUCAACAUGGACUAAUCACCCUUCGAGCUGGAGAGAAACAUGGCCUUCAACCAGCCCUGCCCAUACACUGGGCCCAGCACCUCAGCUCAACGGGGGUUGGUGUGAACUCCUACUAUGACCAGAAGGAGUACAUAGGGCGUAGUGUCCACUACUGGAAGGUGGUGCUCCCCCUGCUGGACAAGAUCAAGCAAAGACGCAGCAUCCCUGAACCCCUGGACCCCCUCUUCAUACACUUUCCCUCUAGAGACAUACAGAUCCCAUCAGUGAAGGGCUUUGAGGAGGAGGCCAUGGUAGCAUUUGCAACCCUCUUGGAUGUCGAGGGGAGGACAGAGGAGGCUAUUACUACUCUGGAGACCAUCAACAACAUCUCAUCUAACUGGCACCUAGCUAGGAUCUUCCAGCGUCUGUCUGAGGAGGCUGGUAGUGGGGUGGAGGAGACUCGGGACAGGUGUGUCAUGUUCCUCAGAAAGUUCAGAACUUACCUGUCCAAGAUCUACAAUGCCAAUGCUGACGACAUGGACAAGCUGCCUGUCUCAAUGGAAGAGGUGAUGGAUCUCCUGAACGAUGUGAACCAGCAGCUAGGGGAGAUUGGAGAAGCGAUGGAUGAAGAGGGCAGACCGGUCCACUUCAGCCCUCAGUUUACUGAGCCUGCUGCCUCAGUCGCUCACAUCAAAUUCGCCCCUUUAACCCCUUCCCCCAGCAAGAGCUUUGUCCCUUCCUCCAAAAGACACAUGACACCACCUCAUUGGGCAGAGCACCAGAAGUCCCUCCUGCAGAUGCUCUGCCAGCAGGUGGAGGCCCUUAAGAAUGAGGUCCAUGACCUGAGACAUAACUCAUCAGACAGCAUGGCGUCACCCCACCAAAGGAUGUAUGGGGCUGAGAGCAUGCAGGAGGGCUACCCCCCAACACAGACCUUCCAUGUAGCACCCCUCACCGUUGCCACCACACAAGCCCCAUCUAUGUAUUUCAAUCAAUCCCCUGCUUAUAACUCCGGACAGUAUCUCCUUCGUCCUGCAGCCAAUGUUACCCCAACAAAGGCUCCUGUGUAUGGAGUCAACCGCCUGCCACCCCAGCAGCACAUGUAUACCUACCAGCAGCCCACUAACACUCCUCCCCUGCAGUCAACACCUGCCUGCAUCUACCCUCCUCAAGACCAGGUCUUCGGCACCCCCCUCCACUUCGAGUCACCAGCAACCAGUCUACUCUCCCCAUACAGCGAGGAAUACUACGGCCACUCUCAGCCCACCACCAACCCUCCCCUCCCAGAGCCUGGCUACUUCACCAAGCCCUCAGUCGUACCUGUCCAACCACCAAAGAGCAUUGAGGGGAAGCCUGUGGACUUUGGGAAGAUCGCCUUUGGCCAGCAGGUCCCUGCUGAGCCUCUUAAGGUGCCUGGCUUUGGUGCUGGAGUAGUAGCCCAGUCCACUCCAUCAUCUGCUGCCUUUAAAUUCAACUCCAACUUCAAAUCCAACGAUGGGGACUUUACCUUCAAAGCCAAAAACAGUGAGAACCUGUUGGGGCUUCUGACAUCAGACAUUCCCACCAAAUUGGAGGGCCCCUCAGAGGUUGCGCCUCCUAGCCAGGGAGGGAUAUUUAGCUUUGGCACUAAAAGCGUGGCAGGCUUCUCCUUCACUGAUGCAGCCCAGAGUCGGGACAAACCAAACCUGUUUGAAAAAAUUGAACAGCCAUUUAGUUUCACUGAUCAGACCAAGCCGGUAUUUGGGCUGGAAAACACAGCGGAGGAGAAAGGACCGGAGAGCGAUAACGACAGCACACAUGUGGAGGAGGAUGAGGAUGGGCCUCACUUUGAGCCCAUUGUGCCCCUCCCUGACAAAGUAGAUGUGAAGACUGGAGAGGAGGAAGAGGAGGAGAUGUUCUGUAACAGGUCCAAGCUAUUCAGAUUUGACGCAGAGACAAAGGAGUGGAAAGAGAGGGGGAUCGGCAUAGUCAAAAUCCUAAAGCACAAUACAUCAGGGAAAGUGCGUCUGCUGAUGAGGAGGGAGCAGGUUCUGAAGAUCUGUGCUAACCACUACAUCACGCCAGAUAUGCUCCUGAAACCAAUUGCUGGCUCUGACAAGUCCUGGGUUUGGAAUGCCAUUGAUUAUGCAGAUGAGGAACCAAGGCCUGAGCAACUGGCCAUCCGGUAUAAAACGGCAGAUGAGGCAUUGCUCUUCAAAACAAAGUUUGAAGAGGCUCAGAAGAUAGUUCCCAAAUCUCCAGAAAAGCAGCAAGAUCAGCCAGAUAGGAAAGCAACUUCUCCUAAUUCAUCUGCUCCUCAGGUGACAAACUUUGCUGCCCAGUUUGCAAAGAAGGACGGGGAGUGGCACUGCAAUGUGUGUUAUGUAAGAAAUGCUGCUACAAUUAUGCAGUGUGUUGCCUGUCAGACUGCCAACCCUAAUUCCCUGUCAGAGACAGACAGCAAACUGGCUACUGAAACCAAAGGCUUUACUAGUGGGGCAGCUUCAGUGAGAGGAUUUACUUUUGGAUUUGGAGCUGACUUGUCAAAAGACACCAGCAGCGCAGGAUCUAUUGGAAAGGGAUUUGGGGCUUUUGGAGCUCAGAUACCCUCCUCCUUUACGUUUGGAACCAGUGGCACCACUUCUUCUAUACCUGUUGCUGGUUUUGGAGCCCAGUUUGGUAAGAAUAAAGAAACCACAGCAGAAGUAGCAGCAGAAUCAAAGCCCUCAACCAUGCCAUUUGGCUCUGGAUUUGGUGUCCAGUUUGGCAAAAAGCCAGGGCAGUGGGACUGUGACACGUGUGCUGUAAGAAACCAGGCCUCCUCAAACAGUUGUGUUUCUUGUCAAACUCCAAACCAUGCAGCCAAAACUGUUGUAGAUAGAGCAGCAGCAUCAAAACCCUUAACCAAUCCAUUAGGUUCUGGAUUUGGUGCCCAGUUUAGCAAAAAGCCAGGGCAGUGGGACUGUGACGUGUGCGCUGUAAGAAACCAGGCCUCCUCAAACAGUUGUGUUUCUUGUCAAACUCCAAACCAUGCAGCCAAAACUGUUGUAGAUAGAGCAGCAGCAUCAAAACCCUUAACCAAUCCAUUAGGUUCUGGAUUUGGUGCCCAGUUUAGCAAAAAGCCAGGGCAGUGGGACUGUGACGUGUGCGCUGUAAGAAACCAGGCCUCCUCAAACAGUUGUGUUUCUUGUCAAACUCCAAAUCCCUCAGCAAAAUCAACAGUUGAGGUAGCACCACCACCAAAGCCAACAGUGUCGGGAUUUGGUGAUCUUUUUGCUAAGAGGGACAGACAAUGGGACUGUGACACCUGUCUAGUGAGGAAUGAUGCAUCAGUUUCUAAGUGUGUUUCCUGCCAGACACCCAAUGCUAGCAGCACCUCCUCUCUUGGGGCCAUGUUUGCCAAACAGGGGGGACAGUGGGACUGUGACACAUGUCUAGUCAGAAACGACAGCUCUGCUAGUCAAUGUGUCUCCUGUCAGACACCCAACACUAAGAGCACAGCCACCCCCUCCAGCUCAUCCUUCAGCUUUAGCUUUGGGAGUCAAAGUACAUCUACUCAGCCUGUAGGCAAUGUGUUUAAAGCAAACUUCAACAGUGACAGCUCUUUUCAGUUUGGCACAAGCAAAGUUGAUACAGGUGCCCCUGCAUCCUUCAAGUUUGAGACCCCUCAGGCUGAAAGCAGUGGCUCCAGUGCUGCAGGCUUCUCUUUCAAUAUGCCCGUCCCAGCAGGUGGCUUUAAGUUUGGCACUCAAGAAACGGCAAAGGAAACCCCACCAGAUGAAACUCAGACUCCUGCUUCAGGGUCUGCGUCCAUGUUCCUGAAGAAUAUCGCAGAGCAGCACAGAGAAAAAGAGAAGGAAUCUGGGGUCGGUAUAUCUGCAUCAGUGCCUUCAGUGGACAACACCGAUGAGAAUGGCAAACCCAAUGACUUCAGUUUUGCAGAUUUGGCUAAGAACUCACAAGGAGACUUCAAGUUUGGACAGACCGAUUCCAAUUGCAAAGACUUCAGCCAUGGUGGCGAGCAGCUGUUCACAUCCCUUCAGUCAAACCAGUGGGCAGACACUUCCGCUGACCAGGAUGAAGAGGAUGUAUACAAAACCGAAGAGAAUGACGAUAUCCAGUUUGAACCUGUGGUCCAGAUGCCUGAUAAAGUGGACCUGGUCACAGGAGAGGAGGAUGAACAGGCCCUUUACUCACAGAGAGUAAAGCUCUUCAGGUUUGACGGAGACAUCAGCCAGUGGAAGGAGAGGGGUGUUGGAGUCCUCAAGUUCCUGAAGAAUGCCACCAACGGCAGGCUGAGGGUGCUGAUGAGGAGAGAGCAGGUCCUGAAGGUGUGUGCCAACCACUGGAUCACCACCACCAUGAACUUGAAGCCCUUGGCUGGUUCCGACAAAGCUUGGAUGUGGCUUGCUAAUGACUUCUCAGAAGGAGAUGCCAAACUGGAGCAACUCGCUGCCAAGUUUAAAACCCCUGAGCUGGCUGAGGAGUUCAAGCUUAAGUUUGAGGAGUGUCAGAGGCUCCUGUUGGACAUCCCACUGCAGACUCCUCACAAGCUUGUUGACACAGGCAGAACUGCACAUCUCAUCCAGAAGGCAGAGGAGAUGAAGUCCGGUCUGAAAGACCUUAAAUCCUUCCUGACUGAUGACAAAACAAAGAUCAAGGAGGACGACAGCCAAGCUAACAUCACAACAGCCAGUAACACCUUAGCUCUGAUCAUCAAGCCCCAUGUGGAGAGCACUGGGCCUACCUUAGAAUGGGACAACUAUGACCUGAGAGAGGAGGCUCUGGACGACAGUGCUGACACAUCUGUCUACACCUCACCCCUAGCAAGCAGCCCUAUCAGGAAGAACCUCUUCUGCUUUGGAGAAUCCACAGCUGGCUUUAACUUCAGCUUCCAGCCUGUCAUCAGUCCUACCAAGUCACCGGCCAAGCUGAACCAGAGUGGGGUGUCUGUGGACGAGGAGCAAGACGUGACCCAGGAGGAGGAGAGGGAUGGCCUGUACUUUGAGCCUGUGGUUCCCCUGCCAGACCUGGUGGAGAUCUCCACUGGAGAGGAGAAUGAAAACGUGUGUUUCAGCCACAGAGCAAAGCUGUACCGCUAUGACAAAGACCUGAACCAGUGGAAGGAGAGGGGCAUCGGAGACCUUAAGAUACUGCAGAACUACGACACCAAACGAGUCAGACUCCUCAUGAGGCGGGACCAAGUCCUGAAGAUCUGCGCCAACCACUGGGUCACGUCUUCUAUGAAGUUGGAGCCCAUGAAGGGUGCUGAGAAGGCCUGGGUCUGGAGUGCCAUUGACUUUGCUGAGGUAGCUGAGGGAAAUGUGGAGCAGUUAGCAGUGCGGUUUAAACUGCAGGAUGUGGCCAACUCUUUCAGAGACAUCUUUGACGAGGCUAAAACCGCCCAAGAGAAUGAGAUUCUGGUCACUCCCAUAGCCUCAUGUGAGACCCUUCCUCAGGAGGUAGGAACAGCUCCAGGGAUGACAGUGUGUGGACAGGCUGCUGUGGCCAUCCUGGAGGAGACCACCAGAGAACGGACAGAGCUGACUUCUGAGACUUUCCACACCCCUGACAGCAAGGCCUCCACUUCCACACCACACAGCCCUCUCAACCCCUCUAAGAUGGUGAUGUCUCCUCCCAAGUUCCUCUUCGGAACCGACUCUCUCCAGAAGAUCUUUGGCAGCAGCCUCCUGUUGUCCAAGGAGGAUGGUUCUUCAGAAAGCUCCAAGGCUAAAGACAUCGGUUGGACCUCCCAGUCCUCACCUACAUUCAAAAUCCCAGAAAAGGGAUUGGAUUUUAGGCUUUUCAAAGAUAACCCAAUGGCUUUUUGGACCAGCACCUCAUCCACCCAAUUUGAGCCCCCAGCACCCCCCCAGGCAAAGGCUGAUGAUGACAGUGAGGUGGAGGUGGUGUACGAGAGGCAGCCGACUGCGGAGCAGGCUGCUUUGGCCAGGGAACUCUUGCUGCCUCUCACCUUCUUCUGCUACCAGAACAAACCAGGAAACACUAGUGACGACCAGACGGACGAUGAGGACUUUGAGACUGCAGUUAAAGCGCUGAAUGGAAAACUGUACCCGGAUCCUCCUGAGAGAAAGGCUGCAAAUUCUGCAGCUCAGGCCGAGAUAGGUGCUGAGGGUCUGUACCCGGAGGUUGAGGUGGUGUUGGAGAAGAGGUCUACUCCAGAUGAGGAGCAGAAAGCCAAGCCGCUGCAGCUGCCUCCAACCUUUUCUGAUGUAGUCGGCAAGGCAGAGAAAGACAAGCCAGAGGACUUCAAGACGGAGGAUGCAGAGAGAAGCGCACACCCUGUUUCAUCUGAGGCUGUGUCCUCCAGCACCGGCGAUACAGUGCCAGAACAACAGUUCCCAGACCAGUCCCCCAGCAGCCAGGUACAGGUUCCAGAUGUGUCUGAGGCAGAGGUUCAGUCCUCUGCAGCAGAGGCGGAGUUCCCAGCUCAGUCAGUAACCAUCCAGGAGGCAGAGGUCCAGCAGACUCCAGAUCAGUCAGACUCCACUCCAACACGGUCUCAGACAGCGGUCUCCAGCAGCGGGGAGCAGGCUCAAACUUCAAACCCUUCAGCAAAACCUGUUGCUAGUGCCCCAGCUUUGGUGACUGCCUCAUUUGGAUUUGGUGCACAGUUUGUCAAAAAGCCAGGGCAGUGGGAGUGUGACGCAUGUCUUGUUAGAAAUGAGGAGUCUGCAAGCAGUUGUGUUUCUUGUCAAACUCCAAACCCUGCAGCCAGCAGUGGUAAGCAGGCUCCAAAUCAGUCAGACUCUACUCCUGCAGCUACCAGCAGCAGCCCUAUAGACCUGUCUACCAAGAAGACCUCGGAGCCGGACUCCACAUCGACAUUUACGACAACCAUUACUCAGGAUGCUCCAAACUCAUUUGGCUCCUUGGGCUUCAGUGAUCUGGGAGGGGAAGGGAUCUCCUUCGCUGAUCUGGCACAGAACACCGGGGGUGAAUUCGCCUUCGGAAAACAAGAUUCUAACUUCUCGUGGGCGAAUGCCGGGGCUACGUUGUUUGGAGCUGCAGCCCCACCCAAAGCUGAAGGAGGGGAGGAGAGGAGUCAUGAAGAGGACGCUAAUAAUGUGGAAAUUCACUUUGAUCCCAUAGUCACCCUACCAGAGGUGGAGACUAAGUCAGGGGAGGAGGAUGAGGAGAUCCUGUUUAAGGAGCGUACCAAGCUGUACCGCUGGGAGAGAGACCUGGGCCAGUGGAAGGAGAGGGGUGUGGGAGACAUCAAGAUCCUCUUCCACCCCGAUAAGAGGUUUUACCGGGUGCUGAUGAGGAGGGAGCAGGUGCUGAAGGUGUGUGCCAAUCACACCAUCUGCCAGAGCAUGGAGCUCAAACCCAUGAACACCUCCAACCAAGCCCUCGUCUGGACCGCUACCGACUUUGCAGAGGGUGAGGGUAAGGUGGAGCAGUUGGCAGCCAAGUUCAAGACAGCAGAGCUGGCUGAGUGUUUCAGGAAGACCUUCUGUGAGUGUCAGAGCCGUAUGAGCCCAUCAGAGGCCUCGGCCCUCUCCCCCCAGAUGUCCAGGGUCCAGGAACAUUCCAGAGACGCCAACCCCCAGGUGUACCUCUCCAUCUCCGCUGACGACGAGCCGCUGGGAAUGGUCACCAUAGAACUGUUCUCUCACAUUGUCCCCAAGACGGCUGAGAACUUCAGAGCGCUGUGUACAGGACAGAAAGGCUUCGGGCUGCGCAACUCUGUCUUCCACAGGAUCGUACCGGACUUCAUGUGUCAGGGUGGCGACCUCACCAACCAGGACGGGACAGGAGGGAAGUCCAUCUACGGGAACAAGUUUGAGGACGAGAACUUUGAUGUGCGCCACACGGGUCCGGGGCUGCUGUCCAUGGCCAACCAUGGCCGAGACACCAACAACUCCCAGUUCUUCAUCACAUUGAAGAAGGCUGAGCACCUGGACUUUAAACACGUGGCCUUUGGCUUCGUCAGAGAGGGCAUGGAUGUGGUCCGCAGAAUGGGAGAGCUGGGCACCAAAACUGGCAAACCCAGCAAGAAGAUUGUCAUCACCGAAUGUGGACAACUGUAGAGCUUGAGCUCUGGUCACUGACUGGACAACUCCACUGUAGGGCUGAACAUGUAGUCACUGACCGGAUGGCAAUGGGCCUUCACUCUGGUCAUGGACUGGGGAGUUAUAGCAUUUCAAACUGAGCACAAUUAUAGUAGGCAGAUGUCAAAUGAUACCCUAUUCCCCAUAUAGUGCACUCCACUUGGGGCUCAGCUUAAAAAGAGUGCACUGGUAGCCCACUAUGGGGAGAAUAGGCUUUCAUUUAAGACCGGCCCAGUGUCUCCUUCUGAUGAGUGUUGCACUUUCUCCCUGCCGCAUCCUGAGGGCUGCAUGUCCCAGUGUGAAUCCCCAGACUCUUUGUGUGUGUAUAAUGUACAUGGACUACAUUUAGUCUUUUUUUGUGCAUGUGUUCCAAUAAGAGUUGACAGCGCUGGUUCCUUCAUAAGCUCCCUAACCCAAUUUGUUUUGUGUAAUUGUCUUAAUUAAGAUUAUCGCAACCUUUUUUAAAAACCAACCAUUGUUCGUUUUGUACUGUGUUCCUCUUGCUGCCUGUGUAUACUUUUUUAGGUGUGUUUUUUGUUGUUGUGUAGGCUAUACAUUGAUUUCAUAAUGUGCAAAUUGAGACUCUACACCUGUCUUAAACUAAUAGGUAGGAAUAUGAAGUCUGACAAUUUGGGAGAGGUGACAUACUAAAUAUAUUUUAUGGUCGGGUCACAAUUGGGGUUAACAAUUGUUAUUGUCAAUAAAUAAAUACAAGAUGCUGGAGACUGUCUUUAAAAAUAAAGUUGCUUUAUAACUGAA